GUCAGAAUGGGAGGGAUGGGCUCUGACACCCUGGACCCCAUCCUGGAGUCCUUUCAUUUCUUAAGUGGGUCUAGAAUCUGGCCCUGUUCCCUGGGAAUCUACUUGCCUGAGUGGAGGAAUUUUGUAGCCACCUUGGCUAAUGGGAUGAGCCUCCAGCCGCCUCUUGAAGAAGUCUCCUGUGGCCAAGCAGAAAGCAGCGAGAAGCCCAACGCUGAGGACAUGACGUCCAAAGAUUACUACUUCGACUCCUACGCGCACUUCGGCAUCCACGAGGAGAUGCUGAAGGAUGAGGUGCGCACACUCACGUAUCGCAACUCCAUGUUCCACAAUCGGCAUCUCUUCAAGGACAAGGUGGUGCUGGACGUGGGCUCAGGCACGGGGAUCCUCUGCAUGUUCGCAGCCAAGGCUGGGGCCCGCAAGGUCAUCGGGAUCGAGUGUUCCAGCAUCUCUGACUAUGCGGUGAAGAUCGUCAAAGCCAACAAGUUAGACCACGUGGUGACCAUCAUCAAGGGCAAGGUGGAGGAGGUGGAGCUGCCGGUAGAGAAGGUGGACAUCGUCAUCAGCGAGUGGAUGGGCUACUGCCUCUUCUACGAGUCAAUGCUCAACACUGUGCUCUACGCCCGUGACAAGUGGCUGGCACCUGACGGCCUCAUCUUCCCGGACAGAGCCACGCUGUACGUGACGGCCAUCGAGGACCGGCAGUACAAAGACUACAAGAUUCACUGGUGGGAGAAUGUGUAUGGCUUCGACAUGUCUUGUAUCAAAGAUGUGGCCAUCAAGGAGCCGCUGGUGGACGUGGUCGACCCCAAGCAGCUGGUCACCAAUGCCUGCCUCAUCAAGGAGGUGGACAUCUACACCGUGAAGGUGGAAGACCUGACCUUCACCUCGCCCUUCUGCCUGCAAGUGAAGCGCAACGACUACGUGCACGCCCUGGUGGCCUACUUCAACAUCGAGUUCACCCGCUGCCACAAGAGGACCGGCUUCUCCACCAGCCCCGAGUCCCCGUACACGCACUGGAAGCAGACCGUGUUCUACAUGGAGGACUACCUGACCGUGAAGACGGGCGAGGAGAUCUUCGGCACCAUCGGCAUGCGGCCCAAUGCCAAGAACAACCGCGACCUGGACUUCACCAUCGACCUGGACUUCAAGGGCCAGCUCUGCGAGCUGUCCUGCUCCACCGACUACCGGAUGCGCUGAGGGCCGGGCCGCCCGCGGGGGGCCGGGGCAGGGGGAGGGGGGCACAUCGUGACUGUGUUUUUCAUAACUUAU